GCGUGGAGCUGCGAGCCAGCGGGGGCCUCGGGGCCUCGGGGAACCCCUGGGGCGGCCCGAAUGUGGGGCGCCGCGGGUCGGCGCGCACCCCCUCCUCCGGCCUGAGUCACGGCGCCGCCGCCCGAGUCCCCACGCGGGGCUGGGACGCCGCGGGGCCCUGGCGCAGCGUCCGGCUCUCCGCCGCCCAGCGGCGCCGCCGGGGAAGCCGGGUCCGCUCCGCGCGCCGCCCGCCCGCCCGCCGGCCUAGCGCUCGCCUCGCCGCGCCGGCCGCGCCCGCCGCACCGCGCGACCCUCGGCUGCUCGGGCCGAGGCCGGACACGGCUGCUGGCGGCGGCGGGGCCUCCGGGCGCCCCGUGCCCGCCGGCCCUCCAUGGCGUUUAUCCGGAAGGAGCAGCAGCUGCAGCUUUACUCCAAGGAGAGGUUUUCCUUGCUGCUGCUUAACUUGGAAGAGUACUACUUUGAGCAGCACAGAGCUAGUUAUGUUCUGCAUGUGGGCAGCCUCAAGGAAAGGAAAAUCAGAGGGUCUUUAAAAAUAUGUUCAAAAUCAGUUAUUUUUGAGCCAGAUAAGAUCUCCCAGCCCAUCAUUAAGAUUCCUUUGAGAGAUUGUAUCAAAAUAGGAAAAUAUGAAGAAAAUGGAGCCAGUAGACACUUGGCAAAGGAAACAUCUGGGGGAAUUUUACUGAGGUUCAGUCAGGUAUAUUUUAUUAAAGAACAUAAUAUUGUUGCACCAUAUAAAAUAGAAAGGGGUAAAAUGGAAUAUGUCUUUGAGUUGGAUGUUUCGGGGAAAGUAGAAGAUGUUGUAGAGACAUUGUUGCAGCUUCACAGAGCAUCCUGCCUUGACAAACUGGGAGACCAAACAGCCAUGAUAACAGCUAUCUUACAGUCUCGUUUGGCUAGGACAUCAUUUGAUAAAAAUAGAUUCCAAAGUGUUUCUGAAGAGUUCCAUCGGGAAUGCAAAGCAGAAAUGGUGACACCUCUAGUGACAAACCCUGGACAUGUGUGUGUCACGGACACCAACCUCUAUUUUCAACCUCUCAAUGGGUACCCGAAACCUGUGGUCCAGAUAACACUCCAAGAUGUCCGCCGCAUUUACAGGAGGAGGCACGGCCUCAUGCCUUUGGGCUUGGAAGUAUUUUGCACUGAAGACGAUCUGUGUUCUGACAUCUACCUAAAGUUCUAUGAACCUCAAGACAGAGAUGGCCUCUAUGAGUUUAUCACCACAUACCUAGAGCACCACAUCACCGAGCACACCGCCGAGAGCUACAUGCUGCAGUGGCAGCGAGGACACCUGUCCAACUACCAGUACCUCCUGCACCUCAACAACCUGGCCGACCGCAGCUGCAGCGACCUCUCCCAGUACCCCGUGUUCCCAUGGGUAAUUAACGACUACCAGAGCGCAGAACUGGACUUGUCAAAUCCAGCAACCUUCCGGGAUCUUAGUAAACCAGUGGGAGCCCUGAAUAAGGAGCGGCUAGAGAGACUGCUGGCUCGCUACCAGGAAAUGCCCGAGCCCAAGUUCAUGUAUGGAAGUCACUACUCUUCCCCGGGCUACGUGCUCUUUUACCUGGUCAGGAUUGCUCCAGAGUAUAUGCUGUGCCUGCAGAAUGGAAGAUUUGAUAAUGCAGAUAGAAUGUUCAACAGUAUUGCCGAAACCUGGAAAAACUGUUUGGAUGGUGCCACCGAUUUCAAAGAGUUGAUUCCAGAAUUCUAUGGUGAUGAUGUGAGCUUUUUGGUGAACAGCUUGAAGUUGGAUCUGGGGAAGAGGCAAGGAGGGCAGAUGGUGGAGGAUGUUGAGCUUCCUCCGUGGGCCUCAGGUCCCGAGGACUUUCUCCAGAAGAGCAAGGACGCACUAGAAAGCAGUUACGUGUCUGAGCACCUUCACGAGUGGAUCGAUCUGGUAUUUGGCUACAAGCAAAAAGGGAGUGAUGCUGUUGGUGCCCAUAAUGUAUUUCAUCCACUGACUUACGAAGGAGGUGUGGACUUGAACAGCAUCGAGGAUCCCGAUGAGAAAGUGGCCAUGCUGACCCAAAUCUUGGAAUUUGGGCAGACACCAAAACAGCUGUUUAGGACCCCACAUCCUCGGAGGAUCACCUCCAAGUUUAAGGCCCCCAGUUACAGUGCUUCGGUAGAAGACUCUCCCGUCUCUCCAGGUGAAGAGUCUUUUGAAGACUUGACUGAAGAAAGCAAGUCGCUGGCCUGGAAUAACAUCACUAAGCUGCAGCUGCACGAGCAGCAUAAACUCCACAAAGAGGCCGUGACGGGGAUUGCUGUCACUCGCAAUGGAUCUUCAGUCUUCACAACAUCACAAGAUUCCACCUUGAAGAUGUUUUCAAAAGAGUCCAAAAUGCUGCAAAGAAGCAUAUCAUUUUCAAAUAUGGCUUUAUCAUCGUGUUUACUUUUACCGGGAGAUGCCACUGUGGUCAGCUCUUCCUGGGAUAACAAUGUUUAUUUCUAUUCUAUAGCAUUUGGAAGACGCCAGGACACAUUAAUGGGACACGAUGAUGCUGUUAGUAAGAUCUGUUGGCAUGACAACAGGCUAUAUUCUGCAUCAUGGGACUCGACGGUGAAGGUGUGGUCUGGUGUUCCCGCAGAGAUGCCAGGCACCAAAAGACACCAGUUUGACUUGCUGGCCGAGCUGGAACAUGAAGUCGGGGUAGAUACAAUCAGUUUAAAUGCUGUAGGCACCCUGUUGGCUUCAGGCACCAAAGAAGGCACAGUGAAUAUAUGGGACCUAACGACCGCCACUUUAUUGCACCAGAUUUCAUGCCAUUCAAAGAAUGUAUGUGAUACUGCUUUUAGCCCAGACAGUCGCCAUGUCCUCAGCACAGGAGCAGAUGGCUGUCUGAAGGUGAUUGACGUGCAGACAGGAAUGCUCACCUCCACCAUGACAUCCGAAGAGCCCCAGAGGUGCUUCAUCUGGGAUGGAAAUUCUGUUUUAUCUGGCAGUCAGUCUGGCGAGCUGCUUGUUUGGGACCUCCUUGGAGCAAGAAUCAGUGAGCGCAUACAGGGCCACACAGGUGCUGUCACGUGCAUAUGGAUGAACGAACAGUGCAGCAGUAUCAUCACAGGAGGGGAAGACAGACAAAUUAUGUUCUGGAAAUUGCAGUAUUAAGUGCCUUUUCCACUUCAGAGUGUUACAGUGAACUCUACUUUAGAGUUUGGUAUUUUUAAACCAAAUGUUUAAAUGAGCUGGUGAAUGUGCAAUGAUACUAGUUUGAAGUCUUGCCACCACAUGGAAAGUUUGUGGGUUCAAACUUUGAGUCUUGGUGACUUCACUGAAAGCCAUUUUGUUGCCAUCCUCGAAAGCAGAUAAAAUAGGUACUGUUAGGGAGCAUUGUGUUUUAAGGGAGAUGACUGUUCCACUGUGAUGGGGAUUAGAAGAUGGACUGGUCAGCAGAGAAGCUAAAGAGAUAACGGAACAGCUUAGAACUUUGCAAGAACGUGUGCCAUGUCCCCUGCCACUUUGGAGUCACUCUUGUCUUCCUAGUCUGUUACAGUUGCUGCCACUGGUUUAUGGGUGUGUGUUCAUGUAGUGGGUCACUUUCUGUAAUGCUGUACCCAGAUUCUAAGAACCUGGGGAAAGAUUAGCACUUCUUAACAGUUUCACUGUGUAUGGGAAACAUUUGUAUUUCAUUAAGAUAUUAAAUGCUCAUCUUUUCUACAUUAAAAUAUUUUUCUGUAA